AUGGGCGCUCAGAAAGUACCACUGGAAGAUGGCUAUGCCCAAACUCCUCUCAACACCAUCAAGGUAUACAAGCAUAGAGCCGCCUACGACUACCAAACCGUCCACUCAAUCUUCGCCUCCACCCUCGUCUCCCACGUCUCCUUCAUCGGCACCGACGCAGACGGCGACCCAACCCCCAUAAACCUCCCCUUGACCGCCGUCCUAGCCCGCUACGACCCCUCCCACCCCCUCCCCACCUCCAGCACUCCUCCUCUCUCUUCCUCCCUCUCCCACCACGCAAACCUAAACCGACCCUUGGACCUCUACCUCCACGGAAACGUAGCCAUGCUCCUCCGUCGCGCCGUCCUAAAGAACGACGGCACCGCAAAAGUCUGCAUCGCCUCCACAAAAGUCGACGGUGUGGUCUUGAACUACACACCCAAUGGCCACAGUCUAAACUACAGAAGUGCUGUAAUCCACGGCACGGCUUCCUUGGUCACCAGCGCAGAAGAAAAGCAUUUCGCAAUGCAAAUGCUCACAAAUCACAUGAUAUCACAACGAUGGCAAAACACCCUCCCAGUCACUCCUUCAGCAAUUAAAAGUGUGCAAAUUUUACGUGUAUGCAUAAAUUCUGCUUCUGCAAAGCUGAGGGCCAAAAAUAUGGGCUUGGCGGAUAGUUGUGAGAUUGCCGCUCAAGGAAAAAAUGUUUAUACUGGUGUGUUCCCAUUGUAUGAGGUUUUGGGUGAGCCGGUCGAAAGUGGGUAUUCUCCCAAGAGGCCAGUGCAAGAGCAUUUGGACGAGUGGAGAAGCACGAGGAAUGAGCAGGAGAAAGAGUAUGCGAUGCAAGCGGCAGAAAAUCAAGAAGAAGAGGCAGUCACGAUACGGGAGCAUGUCAAGAAGAUUGAGGAGAUCAACAAGUUGAAAGGGGUUUAUUGA